AUCCAGAAGAAGAGGAAAAAGAAGAGGCUAAAUGAGAAGGGAACCCAGGUUGAACUAGGCAUGCGGGAGGAUAUCCAUGACCUUGACCUCGCCCAUUGGAGAUUGGCUAGAGAGACAUGGAGAACUGAGCGAGGAAACAUGAGGGAGAUUAAGGCGCUGUAUGGAGAAAUAUUUAGGCUGCACCAACUCUUGGCGGAGAUUGGGGUGGAUAAAGGGGUGAUCAAGCAGCGCUCCACCUCCUCCAUUAUUUGUCCCGUCUCCCCGACACUGCCAGCUUUCCCCUGGUACAACCACCACAGGUACCUCGCCAACAGCCAAUCGGAGCCUGACCAGCAUGCUGCCGGCACCCAGAAGGACCCACCUAAGAAACACUCAAUCUUUCCCCCUCUGGACACACAGAACUGCAACUCCCCUGAUAAAUGGCCUCAUUCUCCGUCCAAGACGUCACACCCACACGCUUCACACCGAUUUGCUGUCCCAUCCCACCUCCUGGCUUCCGGCCCUCCUGCCCGGAUGAGACAGACCCAUCCGCAGGUCCACCCCAGGUCCCCAUUGACUGGCCAGGCAAAGGUCAAGGAUGAGGUUAAGAGGCCAGAGACUGCAUCGUCUGAGGAAUUGUCUGAGGAAGUUCAACGGAGAGGAGCAGAAAUUGCAAGCAUGUAUAAAGCACAGCUGAAAGAGAGGAUGGCCCAAAAGAGAAAGGAAGAGAUUCUGAAGAAAAUGGCAAACGGCGAUGACAAGAACGAUGACACUGAGGCCUCCUGCUUCUCUGCAGUAAAACGAUCUAAUACCCCUGCCACAGCCCCCGAGCGUCCGGCCAGCCCAGAGGCCACGCCAGUGGCCGCCCGAGAGGACACUCAGGGGGACACCCAGCAGGACCUGGCAGAGGUUGUGAAUGUGCUCAAGAGGCAAUCAUCUGAUCUAUACCUGCCUGACGACGUUUGUGAGGAGUCACUCACAUGGAAAUCCAUUUACGAGGAGCUGUGCCCGCUCGCUCACAGAGUGAACACAGAAGCUGACUACAUCAAGGCGCUCCGCGUCAUCACUGAGAAUGCUGUGACUCCCUCGUGCUCGUCUGAGCAUGAUGUGUCUCAGAGUGUGAGUGAGGACACAAGUCAGGAGGGGAGUAGUGAAAGUGAGGAGAGCAUGAGUGGACAACAGCAGAGAUGUCUACACAGGGAUCCUUAUGGUAAGAGGGACAGGAGGAGAUUGAUAGUGGUAAAAUGGAAGGGAGAUUUGCAACCGCCAAUGCAAUGUCUAUGA